AUGGGGUCAGGAGAAUCAAAAAACUUUGGUAAUAUUGCUCAACAAUCAAGAUUAGAUCAUGCAGAUUUAACAGUAUUAUUAAAACAAUUUAAUGCAAUUUCAAAGAAUGGUGAAAUUAAAAAAGAUGAUUUAAAGAAAAUCAUUGAAAAAAAGUAUGGUAGUGAUAGUUCUUUAACAGCAAUUCUAUAUAAUUUAUUUGAUCGUGAUGGUGAUAAAACUAUUAAUUUCACAGAGUUUGCUUUAGCAUAUGGUUUUUUAGUUAAUAAAACUUUAGACGAUGUUGUCGAUACAAGUUUUCAUUGUAUGGAUUUAAAUGGUGAUGGAAAUAUUAGUAAAGGUGAAUUAAGAGCAGUAGUAAUGAUGAAUAAGAAAAUGGAGAAAUAUAUUCAAAAUGAUAAAAAAGUACCAUUAGAUAAAUUAACAUUAUUACCAAUUGAAGUUUCAAAAAUUAAUCAAGAAGCUGAUGAUUUAUUCCUUCAAUUAGAUGUUAAUAAAGAUGGUGGUGUUUCAAAACAAGAAUUUAUUCAAUUAGCUUCUUCAAGUCCUGAAUUAAAAAAGAAAUUAACUUCAUAUUUAGUUCGUGAUGAAGCACUUGAUUUCUUUGGUACCACAAAAUAA